CCGCGGCUCCAUGUGGACGCACCUGACCCGUCAUCAUCGGACGGUCGCUCGCCCCUUUGCGUUUCCGCCGUCCGCUUGGUUUCUGCGACGGACGCCAAGAUUGUGCAAAAAAGUUGCGCAUGAGGAGAGAUUCUGCAUUACGUCAUCGCUCAGAGAAAGGCAAGCAGACGCUGCCUCGCGCUCAGCUACUGCCCCCAUACAGCACCACGAGCUUCGCCGGAGAGCGGCGCAGCCACACGGCCGACCCUCCUCGUCUGGUAGCGAUGCCGUUCCGCACGCCAAAGACGCCCUGAUCGCAGCCGCGGGACGCGCCGCAUUCCUGGAUGGAUGGAUGGGAGGAAGUCAUGCUGCAUGACGCGCCGCGGAAGACAUUCUGAAUGAUUGAAGACUGUGAGGAGAGGGACGACAACAUGGCAGACAGAAGGCAACUGUAUGUCGAGAUGAGGGCUCAAGAUUUGGAUUCUAUACGACUGUCAACAUACAGAACAGCCUGCAAACUCAGAUUUGUGCAGAAGAAAUGCAACUUGCAUUUGGUUGAUAUUUGGAACGUCAUCGAGGCGUUCCGCGAGAAUGGUCUCAACAGCAUGGACCUCAACGCUGAGCUGUCGGUGGCUCGUCUAGAGGUGGUCCUGUCCACCAUCUUUUACCAGCUGAACAAGCGUUUGCCCACCACACACCAGAUCAAUGUGGAGCAGUCCAUCAGCUUGCUGCUCAACUUCCUCCUGGCAGCAUAUGACCCGGAGGGGCAUGGUAAAAUGUGUGUCUUUGUGGUGAAGAUGGCCCUUGCAACCAUCUGCGGAGGAAAGAUUCUGGAUAAAUUAAGAUAUAUCUUUUCACAGAUAUCCGAUUCCUCUGGUAUAAUGGUGCACUCACAGUUUGACCAGUUUCUGCGGGAGGUUCUCAAAUUACCAAUGGCGGUUUUUGAGGGACCCUCUUUUGGCUACACUGAGCAAGCUGCAAGAGCUUGCUUUGCACAGCAGAAAAAGGUCUCCCUCAACACAUUCCUGGACACGCUGAUGUCAGACCCGCCUCCUCAGUGUUUGGUGUGGUUACCACUCAUGCAUCGGCUCGCCAACGUUGAGAACGUCUUUCACCCGGUCGAGUGCUCCUACUGCCAUACUGAGAGUAUGAUGGGCUUCCGCUACCGCUGCCAGCAAUGUCAUAAUUACCAGCUCUGUCAGGACUGCUUCUGGAGGGGGCAUGCUAGUGGUUCCCAUAGCAACCAGCACCAAAUGAAGGAGUAUACGUCAUGGAAAUCACCUGCUAAGAAGUUAACCCAUGUUCUCAGCAAGUCUCUGAGCUGUGCAUCCAGCCGAGAACCCCUUCACCCUCUCUUUCCUGACAUGCCAGAGAAACCGCUCAACCUAGCUCACAUUGUAGACACGUGGCCACCGAGACCAGUGAACAUCGCCAAUGAAUACUUGUUCUCACACUCCAUGCCUACAUCAGGGAACCCUUACUCCACCAAAAACAAGAAUAAUGAUGUUACACAGAGAAAGCCCCUGACGGGGGCCGCUCCUCAUCUGUUGAGAGGGAAAGGGUUGAAGUACAACCUCGAUGUUGCUGAUAGACUUGCUGAUGAACAUGUUCUCAUUGGCCUCUAUGUGACUCUGCUCCAAAGCAACCCCAGAUCAUGCAGUUUAAUGGACAGCAGUAACCAUCAAGAUGAGGAGCACAGUCUCAUCGCCCGCUAUGCUGCUAGACUGGCUUCUGAUGCUGCAGCUCAACAGCAGAGGGUCCCCAUGGACCUGCCCUGCUCUCUGGAUGCCAACAAACAGCAAAAGCAGCUCAUCGCUGAGCUGGAGAGCAAGAACAGAGAAAUCCUGCAGGAAAUUCAGCGACUGCGCAUUCAGCACGAGGAGGCAUCCCAGCCGCCUCCCGAUAAGGGUCAGCAAAACCCCACCUUGCUCGCCGAGCUUCGACUUCUCAGGCAACGCAAAGAUGAGCUUGAACAAAGAAUGUCUACUCUGCAGGAGAGUCGCAGGGAACUCAUGGUACAGCUGGAGCAGCUAAUGAUGCUUCUCAAGUUGGAAGAGGAGCAGAAACGAGCUACUCAGGGUCCCGGCUCUCCACGCUCCUCGCCCAGCCACACCAUCAGCCGGCCGAUUCCCACACCCAUCCACUCGGACUCUGCGGGCACCACCCCAACUCACACACCUCAGGACUCACUCAUGGGCGUGGGUGGGGACGUUCAGGAGGCCUUCGCUCAAGGUCCAAGAAGAAACUUACGAAACGAUCUGCUCCUUGCUGCUGACUCCAUUACCAACACUAUGUCAUCGCUGGUUAAAGAACUCAAUUCAGAGGGUGGAAGUGAGACUGAGAGCACGGUGGACUCAGAUUUUGGACGUUGUGACCUUCUAGCUACGACUUCUUCAGAUCCUUUCUUUUCUUUUAAACCAAGGCCUGCUAGCGCUGCAGAUGAGGAGGGCUUUGAGAACAAUCUGGAGCAGCAGCUGGAGGAACAGCUCAGUUUGGAAGAGUUGGUGAAGCACAGACAGGAAACAGGCAAAACGUGCAUGGUGACUCUGCAGCAGUGACUGUGGUAGUCCAGGUGAGCAAUAUCAAAAGCAACAACGGUAGAAGACACUGAAGGAGAAAACACUGGGCCGACAGAACACAUCACUGAGUUGAUAUUUUAUGUUUCGCUAAAUCCAACUACAUUUGUGUAAAGAGAUAUAUUUUUAACCAAGCACAUGUAACUGUGAGCUGAUGUAAAGAGAUUAAAUUACUGAGCUGUCUAUUAUACCACAGGUGCCAUAAAAACACAUGAUUUGGUAGAAAUAUUACUUAAUUUUUUGCCUUUUUUUUAUUGAGUUGUCUCUGAAACAACUACACUGUUGGAAAAGGUGAUCAAAUGUAUUCUAUUUCUUUUUUUUAAUUCGAUUUUGUUUAUUGCCACCUGAUUUGGCAGUGAUCAUAAAAAAAACCUCAGAUUAAUUUUGAGCUAAAGUGCUAGAUUGUACAUUUUCAAAUGCUUUGUAUGUGAUAGACGAACAAAUUACAUGCGUUGUCGUGUUCUUGUUUUUCUGUGUUUUUUGUUUGUUUGUUUGUCUGUUUUGUUUAUGAUGUAUUUUUCUUUUGUUUUUUCGGUAAUGUCCAUAUUGGUUUUGUUUGUUGGAAUAAUGCACACUGCCUUAGCGGACUGGGUGACCUAUCAUCUCAGUCCAUCCCACUUGUCAAUGCAGCAUGUAGCCAAACGUAAUAAAAACACACCUGCAGAAAAUGCUGGCUGUGUUUCAAUGAAGUCAAACCCAUUGAAACAGAUGCAGGGAAGGGUUUGGGUUUGCAAAUAUGUAUAGGUUGAUACAUUGAUUAGAUAUAGGCUACUAUAUGGGUGUAUUUUAAAAGUAAUAAAGCAUCCAGAAGCUUAUAAAUCUCUUAGAUUUAAGCAAUUUACAUUGACAAGGGAAUGGGAGAAAUUAUGUUUCCUGUCAAUGGUUUAGAAAAUAAAGAGCAAUCAUAAUUUUUCAUUAGGUUACUUUAGUGUCUUACAGAUAUCCUUCAACCCAGAUGCAGACAUUGUUGGCGCUUUGUGUGAGUGUGUAUAAAACUUUGCUCAUCACUUUUGGAAAAGUGGCAAACCAAUUGAAACUCAUAAAUGUGUAAAAAAAAAUAUAUCUACUUCUUUUGAGUAAGUACAUGCCAGUGGUUUUUGCAUGGUGGUGAAGCAUAAUAAAAGUGACACAAUAUACAACUUUUUUUUUUUUUUUUUUUAUCUAUGAACUUCUUUUCUGUUCCAAAAAGUGUAUGCUUCAGUUGGCUCGAUUCAGCAGUGCACAUUCAUUAUCUGUCAUAAAUGCACUGUUGACUGCCCUCAACCUGUUGUCAAUAAUUCAUCACAGAGAGCCGCCAUCUGAGGCAACAUAAAAGCAGCCAUCUGGCACAGAAA